UCUUCACUUUACAGUUCUUCUUUAUUAUUCAAGAAACCUCAGUACGUUGAAGUAUCAUACCGAAAGCCCCGACAACGGUGAACAAGACCAAACCGCCAACACAAAGGCGGCAAGCCACCAUGUCUACUGUGCUUUCAGCCCGCGGCGACAGUGCCGUCACCACCUCUUACAAUAAAUCCCAGACUCGAGGCAGCAUGACCAUAAGGCCCCCAUCUGCCACUGAUCUAUCCGCUUGGAUGUAUUUGCCCAUAUAUGGCGACAUUCCUGGCAAGUCUCUAGACCAGCUCAUGGUCGAUUUCGCAUCGGAAGCUGCAACUAUCAAGACUGUGGCGGUGUACGAUGGCAGCGAAAAGGUAUUGGAGGAGCGGGAGCUUGGAAAGAGAGAGACUUUUGGUAUUCCUGUGUGUUCUAGGGAGAUUAGUUCUACGGAGGAAGGGCUUACGGUCUCGAUUGAGGUUGAGUUUGAGACCACUGAGGCGUGGUUGUCUCUUAGUUCUGUCUCUAUUGCGUUUUGAUUACAUUGAUUAAGAGUUUCUUUCAAGGAGCUCACUACUUAUAGCAAAUAUUAGAAACUCCAUAACUUACUUACUAGCCUAUGUUUAGAGUACCUAGCUAUAAUGAAGAUCUUUUGUUACUCA